AGGGGCUGUGCCUGUGAGGGGCUCUGUGAGGAGAAGGGUCCCCGGAAUACGCCCUCUGGGAGCACUUUCCACACGCCCUCCCGAUGGUGAGGUGAGGCUGACAUGGGGUUACUGGGACCUGUCAGAGCAGUGCACACUCCCGGCUGCUGGGGUGGUGCUUCCUACAAGGGGCGCAGCCCGCUUACUAAGGGGCCAGGGACCAAGGGGCUCCUAAUUCAAGACAGGCCAGAGGGUAGUAAUCAGGCGCUUUAGCCGAAGUUCCUUACACAUGUGGCCUUCAGUCCCUGAGGAUUCUUGGGAAAGCUGCCAAAAGACAGAAGGGAGAUGUCCAGGCCUUCAGAAGGAAAAGGUGAACCCCAAGAAUUAUAGACGAGUGAGCUGGCCCCCGGUCCCUCAGGCCCCUGCCGCAGCCACUUAAGUGCUUGGAGGAGAAGGCGCCUCUGCUGCCCAGUGCAGGUGCGGCCCUCCCUGCAGCUCUGCCAAGGCCGCGAGCAAGGCCAUGCUAGGGGGUGCUGGGCCAGCGGCUCCCCAAGGGGUUCCCCACCCUACAGGCCGGCAGGUCAGGAAGCGUGAGGCAGUCAAACCCGAGCCUCAGAUUUCCCACCUCAGCACCUCCCGGGCAUUUCGUUCCUUGCUGAGCAGCAGGACAGCACAGAGCCCCUUACUGCUCUCACACCCUUCUCGGAGCCUCAGUGCCCUCGGCUGUAGAAUGGGAGUGCUGGGGCUUACGGGAGGGGCUUCAGGACUGGGCCGCACAGCGCCUGGCUCAUGGGGGCCUGGAGAAUUACCAGCACAGAGAGUACUCAGGAGUUCUGCCGGUUAUGGUUCUGCAGCGCUGCCCUGGGCGGACUCCGUGGGGGAGGGGCGUGUGCAGCUCAGCGUCCUCGGUUUAGGCCUGGCCCCGGGCCAGGUGUGGCAACAGGACUGCAGCUCCUCCUCUCUUCCCGCUUUUCCCUGCUCCCCCGCCCCUUGAGGCACAAACGCUGAUGGCAAGCAAAUUACCGGCCGAGUGCUGAGCAGAAAUGGCUGCAAGUGGCCGAGGCCUCCGCAGGACCGUGAGCGCCUGGCCCUGUCCUGCGUGGAGACGAGCUCACUGGGAAGCCCCGGGGCGCCCGAAGCCUGAGUACGAUGCGGUGGUGAUAGGAGCAGGUCACAACGGGCUGGUGGCCGCGGCCUACCUACAGAGGACGGGGGUGAGCACGGCCGUCUUUGAGAGACGCCAUGUGAUCGGGGGCGCAGCUGUCACAGAGGAGAUCAUUCCAGGGUUCAAGUUCUCCCGAGCAUCCUACCUCCUCAGCCUGCUGAGGCCACAGAUCUACACUGACCUGGAGCUGAAGAAACAUGGGCUGAGAGUUCAUCUCCGAAACCCCCAUUCCUUCACCCCCAUGCUGGAAGAAGGCACGGGGAGCAAGGCGCCCAGGUCCCUACUUUUGGGCACAGACAUGGCGGAAAACCAGAGGCAGAUUGCCCAGUUCUCGCAGAAGGAUGCCCAGGCUUUUCCCAAAUACGAGGCCUUCAUGAAUCGCUUGGCAUCAGCCAUCGACCCUCUGCUGGACGCAGCGCCCGUGGACAUGGAGGCCUUCCAGCGGGGCUCCCUGCUGCAGAGGCUCCGGGCGCUCUCCACCCUCGCACCCCUGCUGCAGGCAGGCCGCAUCCUGGGGGCCCAGCUGCCCCAGUAUUACCAGGUCCUCACAGCUCCCAUUACCAAGGUGCUGGAUCAGUGGUUUGAGUCCGAGCCUCUAAAAGCUACUCUAGCAACGGAUGCUGUGAUUGGAGCCAUGACAAGUCCCCACACUCCAGGGAGUGGGUAUGUGCUGCUGCAUCACGUGAUGGGGGGCCUGGAGGGGAUGCAGGGGGCCUGGGGCUACGUCCAGGGAGGCAUGGGUGCCCUCUCGGAUGCCAUCGCAAGCUCAGCCACCGCGCACGGAGCAAGUAUCUUCACUGGGAAGACGGUGGCUCAGGUGCAGGUGAGCAGCGGAGGACGCGUGCGAGGAGUGGUGCUGCAGGACGGCUCCGAGGUGAGGAGCAAAGUGGUGCUGUCCAACGCGGCGCCCCAGACCACCUUCCUGAAGCUGACGCCACAGGAAUGGCUUCCCGAAGAGUUCACACAGAGGAUCUCUCAGCUGGACAUCCGGUCGCCUGUCACCAAGAUCAAUGUGGCUGUCAACCGGCUGCCUGACUUCCUGGCGGCCCCCAAUGCUCCCAGGGGCCAGCCGCUGCCCCAUCACCAGUGCUCCAUCCACCUGAACUGUGAAGACACCCACCUGCUCCACCAGGCCUUUGAGGAUGCCAUGGAUGGCCGGCCCUCCCACAGGCCUAUGAUUGAGCUCUGCAUCCCUUCCUCCCUGGACCCCACGCUGGCCCCGCCCAGCUGCCACGUGGUCUCCCUCUUCACUCAGUACACUCCCUACAGCCUGGCCGGAGGCCAAGUCUGGGAUGAGCAGGAGAGAAACGCUUAUGCAGACAAAGUGUUCGACUGCAUCGAGGCCUACGCCCCUGGCUUCAAGGGCUCCGUGGUGGGCAGAGACAUCCUCACUCCACCUGACUUGGAGAGAAUCUUCGGGCUUCCUGGAGGGAACAUAUUCCACGGCGCCAUGGCCCUGGACCAGCUCUACUUCGCCCGCCCCACGCCCCUGCACGCCGGCCACCGCUGCCCGCUCCCCGGCCUCUACCUCUGCGGAAGUGGGGCCCACCCUGGAGGAGGGGUCAUGGGAGCCGCUGGUCGCAAUGCAGCCCACGUGGUCUUGGAGGACCUCAAGAGCCUGUGACCCUGACCCAGGAAGAACUGCCCUUGAGCUUGGAGGUCCCCACGGGGCCAUCUGUCAGGCUAUGGCUGAGGCAGACCAGUGCUCAAGGCUCAGCGACUAUUUUAGAAAAACACAUGCCAGUUACAUUCGGCACUGGCUAGCCUUGUACCC